CAGUUGACAGUCAAGCAAAAUAAUUCAGCAGUGUUAUGUUAUGUUGAAUUUAUUUUAAAAUUUAAUUUAUUACACCGUGUUUGGUUAUUAAACUAAACCAAAACUUUUUGUAGCCUACUCCAAAUAAUGUCAUAACCCUUCUGCUUUAAUAAUGGCGCUAUGUUUGAAACAAGGCAAGGUUUUCCGUAACUUAUACAUAACCUCUCGCUGGUUUAGCAACAAAAAUGAGGAAAAAUCGGUCUAUCAGAGAGACGAAGAAGGGCCGCAAGAGCGCAGCAUCUAUGGGAAACCGUAUCCAGAAUGGCGGAAACCUUGGUUGCAGAGAAAGGGAGAGGUCCUCCCUAAAUUAUCUGUCUUCACUGAGAAGAAUCCCAGUCCAGAUAUUCUUAAUGCCAUGCAAAAUUUGCCUUACAUGACCAUGGAAAAAGUUAAAGAUUGGUGGGCAGAAAUGAAAGACUUACAGGAAGUAGAAAACCAAAAGUACUCAUCAGAAAGAAAUGAAAUCCUCGGGUCAAACUUGGCUGCAGCUCACUUCUUCACAUUCAGAGGGGCAGGGAUAAGAUUUAAGGGUCAGAAGGCAUGGCUGUCAGGGCCUGAGGAAGAAAUGAAACUGCCAGAAAAGUUUAAAGAUGGCUACUUUGUUGAAGCCAUAGACUGCUCCCAAUUCAUCAAAUCUGGAAUCAGAUACGAAGGGUUGGCCAAUAUAGCUGAUUUAAGUUUUCUGAAAUGGCUUUCUUUGAAGAAUAAUGUUUAUAUAGAUGUAUGGUGUUUGGAUAGAGUAGCUGGGCUUGCUAAGUCGUUGGAGUUCCUGGACAUCAGCGGGUGCAGGCUGUGUGUGGGCGGGGUGCAUGCGCUCGCUCGCAUGCCAGAGCUGAAGAUGCUGGUGGUCACCGACCCCGGGGAGAACAUUGCGGUUCAAGCUGCACUCUCUAUUCUCGAGCAGGAGAAGCCAGAUUUAGUUAUAAAUGCUAUUGAACCUGAACCACUUUUAGCUAAGUAAUGUAUUUAAUAGUAUGUAUGUUUAAAAUGUUAUGAAAUAUAGUUGUGAUUUAUUACUACACAUUCUUUUGUUUGAAAUCCACAAGUUUGCAACUUUGUAUAGGAUAUUAGAAUAUAUUUUUGUUUGACUACUCUACAGUUAGGCCAUCAUUGCCCUUACAAACAAGUCUCAAAACUAAUGCGCUGUUUCCGUUUUUUAAAAAGAAGGAAUUUUGGCCAGGCAAAGUACAAAAUGCAAAUAAACAAUGACUGUAAGAACUCUUAAUUAAUCAAAAUGAAAUAAUUAUUUGCUUUACGAUUUAUCAGAAAUCUAAGUUUUUCUAUCAUCCGAUAGUCUGGUAGUGGCGAUGAAUAAAAAGGUAUAAAUAUUACAAAAAACACAUCCAAUAUUUUCGAAUUUUUAUUUUCAUAGUUUAACAUAAGUUCGUACAAUGAUCCAAUACGUUAGAAACUCAUCCGCAAAACCCGGUUCAGAAUAUGGCUAGUUGAUAACAGUAUCCUGGAUUGUCAGGCCCCUCGAGUAACUGGGAUAUUACUUUGAAUAUAAUAAGAAUUACUAUUAUAAUGUAAGUACCUAAGUCUGUAAACAUUAUUGCCUUAUUCAUAAGGGUAGCAUUUUCCUUGGAGUUGUGAAAGGGUGAUCUAUACUACCCGGGGGCCAUUCCUAAGCUGAAUGUCUAAUUAAGAUGCCAUUUGGUCCAUAAAUCGGAUUCACAAACGUUUAUAAAAAUCUCAAUCGAUAAUUGAAUGUGAUUACUGUCAUUUCCUUGCAUGAUUUGUCUAAUAAAUAGUAAAUUGGACUCUACUAAAUAAACAUUCUAAAGAUGAUAUUUACACUUCCACUGUUUGACUAAACAAUUAGACUAAUGCCUUAGAAUACAAGAAAUAAAUAACGAAUAUGAAAUGCCUUCAUUUAAAAUGACCUUUGAAUUAUAUAUUUCUUAUUUAAAACGUUUAAAAUGUUAUAUGCAACACAGUUUUAUUCAGUCUAGUAAUAGAACUCUCUUUUGCUUGAUUUUCUUGAUGGUCAAAACUAUUUUCCAUUUC